GCUGGAGCCGGCCGGUGCGCUCCGGAGCCGCGCCGAGGACUCGCUGGAUCGCUGCGGGCAUGGGGGGCAGCAUUCCCCGAGGGGACGCCGGACCGCGAGCGGGGGACGCGGACCUCCCGAGCAUGGAGUUGCCCUGCUGAGCGCCCUGGCCAACUCUCGGGGGGCCCGAACAGCUGUCAACGAAAAUAAAAGAUGAAGCCUCCCAUUCUCUUGGUUCUUGUGACCUGUACAGUAUUCAGCACAAAUCUGAAGUUGGUCUCAAAGAGAAAUUCCGUUGAUGGUUGCAUUGACUGGUCAGUGGAUCUCAAGACAUACAUGGCUUUGGCAGGUGAACCAGUCCGAGUGAAAUGUGCCCUUUUCUACAGCUAUAUCAGGACUAAUUAUAGCAUGGCCCAAAGCACAGGUCUUAGGCUUAUGUGGUACAAAAACAAAGGAGAUUUAGAAGAACCCAUUAUAUUUUCAGAAGUUAGGAUGAGCAAGGAUGAAGAUUCGAUAUGGUUUCAUUCGGCUGAGUUGGAAGACAGUGGAUUCUACACAUGUGUUUUAAGGAACUCCACCUAUUGCAUGAAGGUGUCAAUGUCCUUGACAGUGGCUGAGAAUGAGUCUGGGCUUUGCUAUAACAGCCAGAUCCGGUAUUUGGAGAAAUCAGAAGUCACUAAAAGGAAGAUAAUCUCCUGCCCCGACAUUGAGGAUUAUAAGACGUCCACUCAAGAGCCAGAAGUAGUAUGGUACAAGGAAUGUAAGCCAAAAAUGUGGAGAAGCAUCAUAAUUCAGAAAGGAAACACUCUUUUAAUACCAGAAGUCCAGGAAGAAGAUGGAGGAAAUUAUACUUGCGAACUGAAGUUCGAAGGCAAGCUAAUACGAAGAACAAUUCAGUUAAAGGUCACAGCUUUGCUCACCGACAAACCUCCAAAGCCACUGUUCCCUGUGGAGAACCAGCCCAGUAUUAUAGAUGUCCAGCUGGGUAACCCACUAAACAUUGCCUGCAAAGCGUUCUUUGGAUUCAGCGGUGAAUCAGGCCCGAUGAUCUACUGGAUGAGAGGAGAAAAAUUCAUUGAAGAAUUAGAAGGUCACAUUAGAGAAGGGGAAAUCAGACUCCUCAAAGAACAUCUGGGAGAGAAAGAAGUGGAAUUAACAUUAACUUUUGAUGCAGUUGGGGAGCCAGACCUGGCUAACUACACCUGCCAUGUGGAAAACCGAAAUGGACGUAAGCAUGCCAGUGUCCUUCUGCGUAAAAAAGAUUUGAUCUACAAAAUAGAACUCGCUGGUGGAUUGGGAGCGAUCCUUCUCCUGCUUAUUUUGCUUGUGACUGUCUAUAAAUGCUACAACAUAGAGUUAAUGCUAUUCUAUAGACAGAAUUUUGGAGGUGAUGAAUCUAUGGAUGACCACAAGGAAUACGAUGCCUAUCUCUCUUACACCAAAGUGGAUCCAGAUGCAUUAGACUGCGAUAAUAAUGAAGAGGAGCAGUUUGCGCUUGAAAUCCUGCCGGAUGUUCUGGAAAAGCAUUAUGGAUACAAACUCUUCAUUCCAGAUAGGGACCUGAUCCCUAGCGGGACAUACAUUGAAGAUCUCACAAGAUGUGUUGAGCAAAGCAGAAGACUCAUUAUCGUGCUAACUCCAGACUAUGUUCUCAGGAGAGGAUGGAGUAUUUUUGCGAUGGAAAACAAACUCCAUAACAUGCUAGUCAGUGGAGAAAUCAAAGUGAUUUUGAUUGAGUGUGUUGACCUAAAAGGGAAAGUGAAUUACCACGAAGUGGAAUCUUUAAAGCACACCAUCAAAGUUCUCUCCGUGGUCAAGUGGAAAGGACCAAAAAGCAGCAAACUGAAUUCUAAGUUCUGGAAGCACUUAGUCUAUGAAAUGCCAGCAAAGAAAAAAGAGAUAUUAUCUCGGCGCCAAGUCCUGGAUUCUGCGGAACAGGGACUUUUUGGAGACCUUCAAACUGUACCCUCUAUUUCUAUGACAGGUGCCUCCUCCACUUUGGAAGCAUCUCAAGCAGAUAUAGCUGAUUACCAUCAAACAGAUUCCACGCAAACGAGACAUUAUUGCAGAGGGUACGAAUAUGACAUGUCAGCUGCCACCUUGCCAAUAGCUUCCAUAAGUAAUCACCACACCUAUUGUAACAUACCCUUGACACUACUAAAUGGACAGCUACCUCUUAACAACACCAUGAAGGACACCCAAGAAUUUCAUAGGAACAACCCGUUGCUACCUUUAUCAUCCCGGGAACUUAGCUUCACAAGUGAUAUUUGGUAGUGAAGAUGAGAACUCUUCUGAGAUGCUUUCCGAGCACCACGAAGACCAAUUUUUAAAGAACAUUAAAUCAAUGCCACGGGAUGCCAGAUCCUAUUUGCAGCAGAGGCAUAGUUGCUCACUUUUGUACCUGAACUUUUUUGUUUACAUUUCCAAAUUAGUGACAGAGGGGACCUUCUUUUGUAGUUCAAUAUGUAGUUCAUAUCUUUUAAUGUACAGUUUUAUUGAUUCUUUGAAGGGGGAAAAUAUAUCCUAUGAUUUAACAUACAUGUUUUACAGUCCAGUAUGGAUGGAAGUUCAAUACUGUAUAUUAUCCCCAACACACAUCUCUAUGUUGUAGAAUUUCAACUAUUGACACAAAAUUGGAAAAAGAAAGAAAAUAUAAACUUUAGUACAGAUUGCAAAUUCUAAAUUUAACAUGCUAUAAAAGAAAAUACAUCUUUGUAGAGCACACUGGGUGAGCAAACAGAAGCACUUCCCAUAAGGUUGUCAAAAGUGUGUUUUAGAAGAUGGCCAGUUGGCACAAUAUUGUGGAUGAAGAGCUUCUAGCUUUAUCAAUCAAGUGCACAGUAACUGCAGAAUAAAUCAACUGCUCACAUCAGCAUCCAUUCAUUUUGUUAUUAAGGCAUAUCUUUUUCCUCGUGUGUGGAUUUAUUUAGGAUUGAUUAGCAUAUUGUCAGAGGUUUAGGAUGAUUUCAAUCAACUUUUUGCGAUUUAUUACAUUAUUUCACAAAUGUUAGUUUUAAAUGGCAUUUUUAAACACUAAGUGCAAAUGUCAUUGUUUGUAAACAAAAGUAUGAUUACUUAAGAUCUUCUGACCUGUUGUAGGAUAUGUACUAAUGGCCAUGUCAUUUUACAUAUUUUUUUCAAGAACUGAAAGAGUGGCUCUUGAAAAGGUACAUGUUACUGAGAAUAUUAGCAAUAGAAAAUGAAUGCAGCAAUAUUCAGAGAUUAAGUACUAAAUGAUUCAGGUUUACUACUUGUAUGACUUCAAUUGCAGUGAUAAUCAUCUGAAAUGUAGUUAUGAAACAGAGAAUAUGCUGUCUCUAUAUCUAGCUGCUAAUGUAUGUUUUACUAUGGAUCAAGCUGAAGCAUUUCUUUUCUCAGUGCUUUAAACAAUACAUUAUGUAGAUUGGGAUGCAAAGCAGCUCCUGAGGUCAGAUCAUGAGUUUCUUACUCAUGUGAGUAGUUUCUCUCUCAAAUGAGAAUACUAUUAUUUAUCCUUCUUGGUAAAUGUUCUGAGCUCUAUGGAUGAAAAUCAUUCUCCCAGUCCUAAGUAUCAUUAAGUAAUUAAUCAAGGAGUCUCAUGGAAACCAUUCAGAUUUGUAAGGAUUAAUCACCUCAUUAAGGAUUAGAGAAUUGGGCCAAAGGAGACAACAGCAUUUGAAGAAAAAGUUCUGAAUAAUGGAGGCAGGAUAUAAUUCUGCAGUUUUUAGCAAGGGAAAAUUCCCAUUGACUUCAGUGAGGGUAUGCCCACCAUGAGAGUUUUGCCUCCAUAAACUUUGAGGUGUCAGCUCCAGAAAUAAUUUUAGGAGAGGCAAUGUUACCACAUUUCAGUGGGUAACAUCUCUUUGUCAGUGUUGCUGCUUUUUGAUUGCAUAAGUUAACAUUUGCACUCUGUACGUAGCUGCCUGGGGUUCAGAUAGGAAUCAAGGUAUUCUCACAUUUUGAAAAUGAUUCUUAAAUCGUAAGCACAGAAAAACUAAAAUGAAUACCAACUUCAGGUCAAAAGAGUUACGCAUUUGCCCAAAGGUUGUAAGAGUGAACUCAAAUGUGCAAUAAUCCAUAAAUGUUCUGUAUUUUUCCAUUACUGCUCUCACAAUAUUUAUCAACUUUCUCUUGCACCCCUUCACGCUAGUUAUGAACUGCAGUAUUUUCAUUCUGUUCUCAAUAAUACAAGCUUAUUUUGUUUUUCUAGACACAUGCAUUUGACACUAACAUUAAACGUGGAAACAUAGAAAUGAUAGUCAUUUAUUACAAAUGUGGAACUAUAACUUACUGUUUUGUAAAGUUAAGUUCAACAUAUGUAGGUAUUUAAUAUAAAUAUUUUUCUAUGGAGAAUGAAGGUGAUUUUACCUCCAUUAUGAAUACAUGUAUUUAAAAAAAUGAAAUUUACAACAUUUGCACUGUUUUAUAAGUGUUACAGAUUGUGUUUACACUGGUUAUGUUCUUUAAUGCAAAGUGUAACUUUAAAAAACUAAAACAAAAUUCUGCAUGAAGAGAGUUGCAUAUGUUUAAGUGAAAAGCUGUAGUUUAUUUUCAGUUUCACAUUAUUCUAAGGUUUUCUUAAUUCACAUAGAAUGUUCACUGAGAUUUUUAAACCUACUAGUUCUGUAUUGAGCAUGCAAACUCUGAAAACAUAUGCAGUUCUAGCUGCUUCUUUUGAUUAAACAUGGGUAUCAAUUUCAAUUGCUUGGCCACAAUAUGUAUCUUAAAGGAGUAGAUACUCAACAAAAACGGCAGUCACAUUUGCAUUGGGGUAACAUGAAAAGAACAGUUUUGUCAUUUUCCAGAACACAUUGUGUAUCUAUGUAUCUAUUUUAGUACUAGAUUACAAAUCACAAUCUGCUUUUUAAUCUGCGAUUUACAAUUGUGUAUC